GAUCUUGGCUUCUGUGUUCUCAUUCCUCAGAUUGAUCUACCUAGUGUGAAACUCCCAUGCCAGAUCUCCUUUCCUAUCCACUCUUUUCAUUCCCCGUCUGCCAAGUGAUAAAGUUACCUAAGGUGCUACCCAUCUCACCCAGAACCUGUGUUACUUCCAGGGCACCAAAUUAAGAGAGAAAUUCAAAUUGUUAGUAUCCUUACAGCUUCAUUAGAUCAAAACCCCACAGACCAUCCAUUCUCAGUAAGAGAUGCAUUUACAAUACAAUUUUAUGUUAUCAAAAUAAUGUAAAAUGUUUGUUAUACAGGCAUACCUAGGAGAUAUUGCGAGUUCAUUUCCAGACCACUGUAAUAAAGUGAAUACUGCAUAAGGCGAGUCAAUUUUGUUGGUUUCCCAGUGCAUAUAAAAGUUAUGUUGUUUUUAGGCUGGGCACAGUGGCUCAUGCCUGUAAUCUCAACACUUUGGGAGGCCGAGGCAGUGGAUCACCUGAGGUCAGGAGUUCAAGACCAGCCUAGCCAACAUGGUGAAACCUCAUCUCUACUAAAAAUACAAAAAUUAGCCAGGUGUGGUGGCAGGCGCCUGUAGUCCCAGCUACUCAGGAGGCUGAGGCAGGAGAAUCGCUUGAACCUGGGAGGCGGAGGUUGUAGUGAGCUGAGAUCACACCUCUGCACUCCAGCCUGAGCCACAGGGUGAGACUCCGUCUGGAAAAAAAAAAAAAUUUUGUUUUGUUUUUUGUUUUUUUGAGACAGGGUCUCACUCUGUCACCCAAGCUGGAGUGCACUGGCAUGAUCUCAGCUCACUGCAGCCUGGACCUCUCCUGGUUCAAGCAGUCCUCCACCUCAGCCUCCUGAGUAGCUGAGACUAGAGAUGCCCACCACUACACCUGGCUAAUUUUUGUGUUUUCUGUAGAGAUGGGGUUUCGUCCUGUUGCACAAGCUAUUCUCAAACUCCUGGGCUCAAGCAAUCCUCCCACUUCAGCCUCCCAAAGUGCUGGGAUUAUAGGCAUAAGCUACUGUGCCUAUGUGCCUAGCCAUGAAUGUUCUUAAUGGCAUCUGGAAUGGUGAAUCCUUUCCAGAAGGUUUUCAAUUGACUUUGUCUACAGCUAUCAGAGGAAUCGCUCUGGCAGCUGCAGUCUUACGAAAUGCUUUUUUUUUUUUCUUGAGAUAGGGUCUUGCUCUGUCAGGCGCAGUGGUGCGAUCUCAGCUCACUGUAGCCUCUGCCUCCCCUGGACUCAAGCGAUCCUCCCGCUUCAGCCUCCCAAGUAGCUGGGACUACCAGCACACACCACCACAUCCAGCUCGUUUUUGUUAUUUUUUGUAGAGAUGGGGUUCGAAAUGUAUUUCUUAAAGAGUAAAACUUGCAAGUCAGAAUUACUCCUUGAUCCAUGGGCUACAGAAUGGAUGUUGUGUUAGCAGGCAUGAAAACAUUAGUCUCCCUGUACAUCUCCAGAGUUUGUAGGUGACCAGGUGCAUUGUCAAUGAGCAGUAAUAUUUUGAAAGGAAUCUUUAUUUCUGCGGAGUAGAUCUUAACAGCGAGCUUAAAAUAUUCUGUAAUCCAUGCUGCAAACAUAUGUGCUGUCAUGCAGGUUUUGUUGUUUUAUUUAUAGAGCACAGCAGAAUACAUUUAGCAUAAUUCCUAAGGCCCUAGAAUUUUCAGAAUGGUAAAUGAGGAUUGGUUUCAACUUAAAAUCACCAGGUGCAUUAUCUCCUAAUAAAAAGAGUUAGUCUGUCCUUUGAAGCUCUGUAGCCAGGCCUUGACUUCUCUCUAGCUGUGAAACUCCUAUAUGGCAUCUUCUCCCAAUAGAAGGCUGUUUUGUUUGCUUUGAAAAUCUGUUAUUUAGUGUAGCCACCUUCAUCAAUGAUCUUAGCUAGAUCUUCUGGAUAACUUGCUGCAGCUUCUAUAUCAGCACUUGCUGCUUCACCUUGCAUUUUUAUGUUAUGGAGGUGGCUUCUUUCCUUGGGCAUUAUGAACCAACCUCUGCUAGCCUCCUCACCACUCUCAGUCUUUAUAGUAUUGAAGAGAAUAGGCUGGGCCCAGUAGCUCACACCUAUAAUCCCAGCACUUUGGGAGGCCAAGAUGGAAGGAUCACUUGAGGCCAAAGGUUGGAGACCAGUGUGGGCAACAUAGUGAGUGUUGGCAUGCACAUGUAGUCCCAGGUACUUAGGAGGCAGAGCAGGAGGAUUGCUUGAGCUCAGGAGUUUGAGACUGCAGUAAGACAUGAUCAUGCCAUUGCACUCCAGGCUGGGCAGCAACGCAAGACCCUGUCUUUUAAAAAAAAUAAUAAUAAUUGGGGCCUUGCUCUGGAUUAAUUAGGCUUUGGUUUAAGGGAAUGCUGUGGCUGCUUUGAUCUUCCAUCCAGACCACUAAAACUUUCUUGAUAUCAGCAAUAAGGCUAUUUCACUUUUGUAUCAUUUAUGUGUUCACUGAAGUGUAGUACCUUUUAAUUUCCUUUAAGAACUUUUCCUGGACAGGUGCAGCAGCUCACUUCUGUAAUCCCAGCACUUUAGGCAAAGACAGGAGGAUCACUUUAGUCCAGGAGUUUAAGACCAGCCUGGGCAAUAUAGUGAGACCCCGUCUCUGCAAAAAAUUUAAAAAUUAGCCAAACUUGGUGGCCUGCACCUGUAGUCCCAGCUCCGCGAGAGGAGGAUCACUUGAACCGGGGAGGUCAAGGCUGCAGUGAGCUGCGAUCAUGGCACCAGAUUAGGCUUUGAUUUAAGAGAAUGUUGUGGCUGCUUUAAUCUUCUACCCAGACCACUAAAACUUUCUCCAUAUCAGUAAUAAGACUGUUUCACUUUCCUGACAGAAAGUGACCCUGUCUGAAAACCCCCAAAAACUAAGGUAUUCAUGUACUAAUAAUAUAUUUUAGACUACUAACAGUUACAAUGAAAAUAGAAUCCAUAGGAAAAAAAAUUAACUCUUAGGGCUUUAUGGUCACAGGACAUUUCAAUUUUAUUUAUUUUUAUGUUUUGAGACAGUCUUGCUCUGUUGCGCAGGCUGGAGUGCAGUGGUUUGGAAUGCAGUGGUGUGAUCACUGCUCACUGCAACCUCAAAUUCCUGGGCUCAAGUGAUCUUACCAUCUCAGCCUUGUGAGUAGCUGGGUGGGUGCCACCAUCCUUGGCUAAUUUGUGUAUGUUUUGUAUAGACAAAGUUUCACCGUGUUGCUCAGGAUGGUCUAGAACUCCUGGGCUCAAGUGAUCCUCCUGCCACAGUCUCCCAAAGGACUGGAAUUGCAAGUGUGAGCCACCACACCGGGCCCAGAAACUAUAAAAAAUUAAAUUUUUUGGCCGGGCAUGGUGGCUCACGCGUGUAAUCCCAGCACUUUGGGAGGCUGAGGCAGGCGAAUCACUAGGUCAGGAGUUUGAGACCAGCCUGGCCAACAUGGUGAAACCCCAUGUCUACUAAAAAAAAAAAAAAAAAAAAUUAGCUGGGUGGUGGCAGGCGCCUGUAAUCCCAGCUACUCGGAAGGCUGAGGCAGGAGAAUCGCUUGAAACCAGGAGGCGGAGGUUGCAGUGAGCUGAGAUCGUGCCACUAUGCUUCAGCCAGGGAGACAGAGUGAGACUCCAUCUCAAACAAACAAACAAAAAAUUAAAUUUUUUGAGUUACUUUUCUUGCAAAGAAAUGUGAUAAAUGGUCAAUAAAAGACUUUCAAGCAUAAAAACAUGUUAGGAUAAAUUCUGUGAGGGAGUAGAAUGGAAAUAUAAUUUCUGAUGUAAAAUCUUGUCGUGUUUUAAUGGAUAAUGGUGAAGUAUCUAAUCACCGUAGUAUUUAGAUUUCAUUGGAUACAUUUGAAAUAGUGAUAUAAUGGUUUUAUUUUGAAAUGUCAGUAUAUAAUACACUAGAAAUUAUGUCCUUUGCAACUAUUUAAAACCACAACGAGACCAGGCAUGGUAGCUUAUGCCUGUAAUCCCACCACUUUGGGAGGCCAAGGCAGGAAGAUCACCUGAGGCCAGGAGUUCAAGACCAGCCUGGUCAACUUAGUGAGACUUUGUCUCUACAAAAUAAAUAUUGAAACAAGGUCUCACUCUGUUGCUUAGGCUUGGAGUGCAGUAGUGCCAUCACGGCUCACUGCAGUGUCAACCUCCUGGGCCCAAGUGAUCCUCCCAUUUCAGCCUCCCAAGUAGCUGGAAUUACAGGCACGUGCCACUAUGCCCAGCUAAUUUUUUAAAUUUUUGUAGAGAUGGCGUCUCCCUAUGUGAGACCAGCUCAAGGUGGUCCCAAACUCCUGUGGCUCCUCAGGUUGGUCCCAAAGUGCUGGGAUUACAGGUAUGAGCUACCACACCUGGCCAAAAAAUAAAAAAUAAAUUAACUAACCAUGGUGAUGCAUUCCUGUAGUUCUAGCUACUCAGGAGGCUAGGGCAGAUGAUCACUUGAGCCCAGGAGUUUGAGGCUGCAGUGAGCCAUGAUAGCACACUGCAUUCCAGCCUGGGCAAGAGUGAGACACUGUUUCAAAAAAAUAAAUAAUAAAACUUUAAUAAAUAAAAAUGAGGGGAGGGAGUUUUUUUUUUUAAGAUGGAGUCUCGCUCUUGUUGCUCAGGCUGGAGUGCAAUGGCACAAUCUCGGCUCACUGCAACCUCUGCCUCCUGGGUUCAAGCGAUUCUCCUGCCUCAGCCUCCAGAAUAGCUGGGAUUACAGGCGCCUGCCACUGCGCCCAGCUAAUUUUUUUAUUUUUAGUAGAGACAGGGUUUCACUAUGUUGGCCAGGCUGGUCUCGAACUCCUGACCUCAGGCGAUCCACCCGCCUCAGCCUCCCAAAGUGCUGGGAUUAUAGGCGUGAGCCACCACGCCCCGCCUAGUUCAAAAUUCUUUUAUAGGGUUCGUUGAAGGUCACUAUUCCAAGGUAUGGGCUUUAGGAUCUGGAAGGAAUCUGAUUGAUUAUCCAGUCUGUCUUGAUCAAUUUAUAAAGGAAAUUGAUUUACUGAGGACUGAAGAGGGUUCAUUGAUUUUCCUAAAGCCACACAGCUGGGCCCAGAACUCAGGUGUCCUUGCUUGCUCAUUCCUUUCACUACCUCCACUGUGCUCUGAAAUCCCACCACUGGUUUUGAGGAAUGAGGAAGAAAGAAAAAGUGAUCUCGAAACAGUUACUGACUAACAGACACUCUCCGUGGGUAGAUGGCUCUCUGCCCUGCUGCCGCCGCCUCAGCAGUCAGACUGGGGGGGCAGGCUUGUAUGGAGAUCCCCGAGGCCCAGGGUAGUUGGUUGGAGGAUGGAACUUAAGGUUUCAGUUGACUCCUGUCUGGCAAUUGCCCUUUUAGGGUCUCCUCUACCUCUGUCACCUGGGAGUAAACCUAAUCUUUAGGGAUCUGAGGGUCAACGUGAUCAACAGAUGAAACCGCCAGUUUACACAGCAGCCCUGGGCCAAACUAGUCCCUUAGAGACCGUCAAUCCAGACAGGAACUAGGGCAGAGCCAAGCUGCUGGGGUCACAGAGCACUGAAGUGGAUACCUCUGCUGAUCUGCCUCCCAAGGCCUAAGGUGGCCACAGUGCUAUGCACAGCCACCUUGCUGCAUCCUGCUGUUGGUAGGCUCUUGUGCUCAGAACCCCAGGAGAAGGGCUAGAUCACACUGAUGAUAAGACUGACAGCUUUUUUUUAAAAAAACGACUUUCAAGGUUUGGUUAUUUUUAUCUUCAUGACCUCUGAUUUCCCUGUGGAGCAAAUGGUAAAGUAGGGGUGGGUGGAGAGGGACUUUGGCAGACCCUGGCAGACUGUGGACAAGGACAGCCCUGAACAGCUGGCCCUGAGACAUGAACUGGAACAUGGUUGGAGCCAAGGACACAGGACUAACGGGAAAGGACACAGACUGCUGUCAGGAUGCAUACUACCACACACCCGAGGCCAGGACCCUGCUGACGUGGCAGACCUCCACCCUGGCCCCUUACUGCCCCCCGCCCCUCUCCCCUGCCUGCCAGCUGCCAACAGGGCUCUGCCUUGUGUCUGCGACACCUGUCACUGCCUAUCCUUGUCCAGAGGGGGCCCCAUCAGCCCCUCCUCAGCUGCCCAGCAGAGCAAGCAGUUAGUGGGGAGGGGAGGGAACAUGGAGCGGGGGCCGGUGGUGGGGGCAGGGCCGGGGGCCGGGGCCCGAAUCCAGGCACUACUGGGCUGCCUGGUCAAGGUGCUGCUCUGGGUGGCCUCUGCCUUGCUGUACUUUGGAAGCGAACAGGCCGCCCGCCUUCUGGGCAGCCCCUGCUUACGGCGCCUCUACCAUGCCUGGCUGGCAGCAGUGGUCAUCUUUGGGCCCCUUCUGCAGUUCCAUGUCAACCCUCGGACUAUCUUCGCCAGCCACGGCAACUUCUUCAACAUAAAAUUUGUGAAUUCAGCCUGGGGCUGGACAUGCACCUUCUUAGGGGGCUUUGUGUUGCUGGUGGUGUUCCUGGCUACACGGCGCGUGGCAGUAACUGCCAGACACCUGAGCCGACUGGUGGUGGGGGCAGCCGUGUGGCGGGGAGCCGGCCGGGCCUUCCUGCUCAUCGAGGACCUGACUGGCUCCUGCUUCGAGCCACUGCCCCAGGGUCUGCUGCUCCACGAGCUGCCUGACCGCCGCAGCUGCCUGGCGGCCGGCCACCAGUGGCGAGGCUACACCGUCUCCUCCCACACCUUCCUGCUCACCUUUUGCUGCCUGCUCAUGGCAGAGGAAGCAGCUGUGUUCGCCAAGUACCUAGCCCAUGGGCUUCCUGCCGGCGCCCCCCUGCGCCUUGUCUUCCUGCUGAACGUGCUGCUGCUGGGCCUCUGGAACUUCUUGCUGCUCUGUACCGUCAUCUAUUUCCACCAGUACACUCACAAGGUGGUGGGCGCCGCAGUGGGCACCUUCGCCUGGUACCUCACCUAUGGCAGCUGGUAUCAUCAGCCCUGGUCUCCAGGGAGCCCAGGCCAUGGGCUCUUCCCCCGUCCCCACUCCAGCCGCAAGCAUAACUGAAAGAAAUAAAAGCCAUCGGGCCUGGC